ACGAGCCUGCCCCGCAGCCCGGGAGGGAAGUCUCCGUGAGUAGGACGAGAGAGAGCAAGAAGGGGAGCGGGGGGACCUCGCUGGGUCCUCCCGACCAUGGUGCUCAUCCUGGGGGAGGGCUCCUGAGCUGCACCCCGGGGCUGCCGCCGGCCGGCGCCAGGGCGCUGAUCCCCGCCUGGUUUUGGGGGGCAGAAGGAGAGCUGCCCCCGCCUCCCCCCCCCAGCGUCCGGCUCUCUGUCUCUUGAUGUUUGAUCCCUCCGCGGCGGCCACCGGCAUGAGCGAUGGCGGGGCCCAGGCCGGCAGAAGCCCCCUGCUGCUGGGGGAGCCGGGCACCCCGGAGCGAGCCCGGGGGAAGAGCGGCGCCCGCGGGGAGCUGGAGAGCGCGCUGCGGGGAGGCGACGGCGCACACGGACUCAAGGACGUCCCGGGGACCUCGGCUGCCAGCCCCGGCUCGUCCCAGGAGUGCGUCCCGGAGAGCGACAGCCAGUCCGGGGGAGGAGAAGCGGAUUACUGCCGCCGGAUCCUGGUGCGAGAUGCCAAAGGGACCAUCCGGGAGAUUGUUCUCCCCAAAGGGCUGGAUCUGGACCGGCCCAAGAGGACCCGAACCUCCUUCACAGCCGAGCAGCUGUACAGGCUGGAGCUGGAAUUUCAGCGGUGUCAGUAUGUCGUCGGCAGGGAGAGGACGGAGCUAGCGAGGCAGCUCAACCUAUCAGAAACACAGGUGAAAGUCUGGUUCCAGAACCGGCGCACCAAGCAGAAGAAGGACCAGAGCAGGGACUCUGAGAAACGCUCGUCCUCCACCUCCGAAUCCUUCGCCACGUGUAACAUCCUCCGGCUCCUGGAACAAGGGAGACUUUUGUCCGUGCCGGCCCCUUCCAACUUGCUCUCUCCGAACUCGAAUCCCAUCGGGAGCCCUGCCGGGAACGGAGCCAGCCGGGCUCCCUCCGGCACCACCUCGCCCGGGCUGAGCAGGAGUGGAAACAGCCCUCCGGGGACGGGAGCUUUCCGCCUGCAGGUCCCGUCUCUAGCGUCCUCCUCUUCCUCACCCCGGCUCCCUGCCACCGCGCUCUGUUUCAGCGGCCCGCUCCUGGGAAGCCUGCACGAGCUACCCAGCGGCUACGGGCUGGGGACCUCUGCCUUUGAGCCUUACACGCGGCCGGAGAGGAGAGACAGUCCGAUCCCCAGCAAGAAGCCGAGCCUUUAACUAAAACCCAGGGUCAAAAUCGUCCCCCGCGCCGUGUCUCCCGCCUGGGGCUGGUCUUUUGCCCGUGGGCUCUCAAAGGCCGGUGAACAAAUGCCCAGGUGACUUGCGUGUGACUGUGUGUCCCAUAUACACCCUGCCUGACGUGCCCAACUCACUGGGGUUCCCCGGGGAGAUGCAGGGGAAUGCACAGCUGGUGGGCCCCGCCCCAUCCCAGAUUGCUCGGGGGUCAAAUGCGCCCCGCUUCAGGGUGCCAGCCAGGUAGUAUUUAUCCACAGAUGCUCUGUCUCUUGCCAUCAGGGCCAGGGUGGGGAGUGAGGGUCGGGGGAAGCUUUGCUGGCACCAUGUGUUUUAUUCUGCCUUUGUUUGCCAAUGAUCCUCGCACCCGAGCAAAGCGCCACAGAGUGAGACCGCGCGGUCGCUGUCUGAUCUGUUUGAUUGCAGGCUCCAGAAAUCACCCAGUACCCUGGAUGUGGAGCCAGACCUGGAUGGAGGCCAAGUGGGACAGGAAGCGCCUGGCAGCUAAAGCCAAUCCCGGAUUUUAUAAUGGGGGGUUGUGAUGUUACAAUAUUCAGGGGCGGGGUGUGACUUGGGAAGAGCAGAUCCCCGCUCCUGCGUGUUGAUUAGAGAGGCAGUGUGAUCUCGUGGUUAGAGCAGAGACACGGGAGUCAGGGCUCCUGGGUGCUAUUCCUGGAUCUGCCUCUGGGCAAGUCCCCAUUCUGUGCCUCAGUUUCCCCAUCUGUAAAGAACUUUGUGCUCCUUUGUUUAGGUGGCUUGGGGGAGUUUGGGGAGCCCCUAGCAGGAGGGGGAGGCUCAGAAUCUAGUCUCUUUGAUCUUGCCUUAAUCUGUCCCUGUUGCACAUGGGGUCAGCACUACCCUCCCUUGGUUUGUUAAUCCCAUCAAGGUAGCGGGGGUGUGGUUGAAAGAGGAAGCAGGCACCUCAGGCAUAAUGAGGACUGUACAUACAGGCUGGCGUUGGUGCUUUCAGUCCCCCUCUCCCCCCCACACAAGCACUUUUGGCACAGAGAAGAGUGGGACUCAGAGAGCCCCUUGCCCGGAUCCCAGCCCCUCUCACCUUUCUCCGGCGCCGCGCACACGCCGGGCCUGGGGGCCUCUGGCAGCUCUUCUGCAGCGGUGCAAAGACAGGUUCCAGAGCAGCAGCUUUAAGGAUGGACCUGACCGAAAUCAUUGCGUCCCCCCCAGCCCCAAAAGGGGUGUCUGGUGUUUGGAGCAGCGGCCGUGGGCUUUUGACAGGGUAUAUACCGCACUGACAGCUUGCCCAGAUGGGAAAUUAAUGGGGAGCCCUACAGACUGUACGCAGCUGCUUAACAAACGAUCUAUGGACAGUCACCGAUUUAUGUAUCACACCAACACCCCAAUGUCCAUGCCCACUUGCCAAGCAGGAUAAUAAACACGGCUCCCAGGACGGCUGCCAGCCUGGACAAUGUGGCUGCUAGAAAACACGGCUAUGCAGGGAUGUUAACUAACGUGACUCACGUUUUUAUGGCUUUUCUACUAGGGACAUGGGAAAAGAGCCCAAGACCCAAACAUUUCCAUGUCAACCAACAGUGACAGCAUGCGGGUGAGUCAUUAAGGCCCAGACCGUCAAAGGUAUUUUGGUGCCAAUGGGAGUUAGGCACCUAAAUACCUUGGAAUAUCUGGACCUAAGCCUUUAGCAAGACCUUUUCUGACCCUUAAGAUCACUCAGAUGGUGUCAGAAGAUUGAGGCUGGUCCUUGCCUUAGUGAGAUGCCACCUGUGGAAAGGUGUCCGAGGAGCAGCCGUGUUAGUCUGUAUCCGCAAAAGGAAAAGGAGAACGUGUGGCACCUUAGUCUCUAAGUCUCUAAGGUGCCACAAGUCCUCCUGUUCUUUUCACCUGUGGAAAGUUUGUCAGUUCCAAACAACCCGAGUUCAAAGCAACUUGGGAAUUUUCCUCCCUCUACCCAUGAACAUUUUUGACCCAGAUGAAAACGUUCCAGGUUUUGGCUGACAAUGGUUUUGGGUGCAGAAAGCUAGCCUUUUUAGUUAUGGGGGGGGGGGGGGGGUCAACGAAACGCUCAAACCAUUGAAAAUGGGCAUUUCCCAUGGGACUCCCUGCAGGGACAGAAAGCCAGGUUCCUCCGCAGCAAGGCUUGGGUUGAACAGGGUCGAGCGUUUCUCGUUCAACAUCGUUUCAGGCCCGACAUUGACCCCAUGUGCCCCUGGCCAUUUCAGUCUCCUGUUCUCGUUUUGGAAACCUGUGAAAGAGGGAGGCAAACAACAGGCGCAACUGACUAAGUGCCUGGAGAGGGACAGCCUGAAAACGACUGUACAGAAAUUGGUAUCAAAUGCACGAAGCAACCAAACUGAAAAGCAAAACUCGGACUCUUUUCCCUGUCUCACCCCUCUCAGUUCUAGCUUGCGUGGGGUUACUGUGACGACUGAGUAAAGGGUUUUCAGAGAGAAGAGAAAUUGGUGGAAAAGUACCCCGGUAACUGGAAGUUACAGGUGGGAUCAAGAGAUAAAAUUGGGAUCCAGAUCCAGCUUUUGAACCCUCUCAAAUUCAGACCCAGGUUUUGGUUCAGCCCUCAAUUGAGCGGGCAUGGGGCGCAGGCCUUUACGAAAGGGUUUCAAAAGCCCCCUGAGGCUUAUUGGAAUGUGGCACUUUGGUUCUGGCCCAUUUCUGAGCACAGGUGCCACAAGUUCUCCUGUUCUUUCUGCAGACUCAGAAGCGUUUCUCCUGACUCCCCGGCAGUGGUAGUUCAGAUCAGACAAAACGCAGAUUCAAACCACCCUUGAUCUGGUUCUGUGAGGCCCAGUGAACCCUGGGCAGAGCCAAAGCCACCCUGUUUCCCUCCUCCCAUUUCUAAUUUAACCCCCCACCAUGGCCUUGCUCCCACCUUGUCUCCUUGCCGAGGCAACUGGUGCAAUAAGCGACUUCUACCGCUUUGCCACAGGCACCCAGGGGUGUGUGAUGUCCUGCUGAUGGGCAUGACUGAUUGGAGUCGAGGCUGGCCAGGACUCCUGUCCGUCUGUCCAGCCGUGUCCUGGGAAUAGGGAAAUAGAUACAUAAACAGGCAGAAAGCAGGUGAAUCCGGGAUGUGUGGGCUGUGUAGGAGGGAAGAAUGGCUGUGAGAGCACAAGUGCAUUAUUAGCAAUGGGCCCAAUCCUGCAGUCCUGACUUGGGCCAAACUUCCAUCGACACCAGUGGGAGCUGGGCUGGGCUGCUGAGCACCUGCCUAGCACUUGCAGCUUCCUGCAGCAUCAAUGGGGUUGUGGGCGCUCAGCAUCAGUACCUCUCAGAAUUGGGCACAGACGGAGGGCCUGAUCCUGGCAUCCACACGUCUGCUCCUGCAAGCAGCCUUUUGGAUGUCAACAGGCUUCCUCAUGCAAGUCGACUUGGAAGGGCUUCAGGAUUUCCUCCUGCCCUCUUGGCUCCCUUGCAAACCUAGGUCCUGAUCCAUUCAAGCGGCUGAAGUCCCACCGGCUCUAAAAGAGAUUUGGGGGCUUGUGGUGGCUAAUCAGCUGAACACGAAUUCCCAGUGGGGCCAAAAGAGCUAAUGGGGUCCUGGGGUGUAUAACCAGAGGAAUCUCGAGUGGGAGCAGAGAGGUGAUUUUACCUCUUUAUCUGGCACUGGUGUGACUGUGGCUGGGAUUCUGGGCCCAGUUCUGGUGCCCACAAUUCAAGAAGGAUGUGGAUAAAUUGGAGAGGGUUCAGAGAAGAGCCAUGAGAAUGAUGAAAGGAUUAGAAAACUGCCUUGUUGCGACAGACUCAAGGAGCUCAGUCUAUUUAGCUUAACCAAGAGAAGGCUCAGGGGUGACUUGAUGACCAUCUUUUAGUACCUACGUGGGGAACAAAUAUUUAAUAAUGGGCUCUUCAGUCCAGCAGAGGAAGAUCUCACAGGAUCCAGUGGCCAGGAGUUGAAGCUAGACAAAUUCAGAUUGGAAUAAGGUGUAAAUUUUGUAAUGGAGGGGAAUUAACCAUUGGAACAAUUUGCCAAGGGCCAUGGUGGAUUCUCCAGCACUGACAAGUUUUAAAUCAAGGUGGGAUGUUUUCCUAACGGCUCGGCUCUAGGGAUUAUUUCGGGGCAGGUCUCCAGCCUGGGCUAUGCAGGAGGUCAGACUAGAUGGUCCCAUGGUCCCAUCUGGCCUUGGCAUCUGUGGCUUUGAUGGCAGGGUUGGGCCCCAUCGGCCUUCAACUGGCCAUUGACAAGUCACAGAUGCCACCCCCACCAUUGUAAACUAGGGCCCGAUCCUGACAAUUUUACCCACCCUGAGCUCCCCCAUUGAGACCAAUGGCUUCCAUGAGGCCAGGCUUUGGCCGGUGGCGUAUUGUGCUUGGAUUGCUGUCUGCUGCUCGGCAUGGCAUUUGGCCUGGCCUGGCCUUGCUAUCUCUAAGGGGUCCCCCCGCCUCAUCCCUCUCUCCCACGUCCCACCACCUCUCAGGCUCAGAGCUCAGCAGGAAGUUGCUGAGUGUCCCGGCGAAGGCUCUUUUGCCAUGAGGUUGCAGAUGGGUUUGGGGCCAGGAGGGUCCCCCGGCUGCCUCCAGCCAGCAAACCUGGCUUUGCGGAGGGCUGAAGCACAGAAGAUUCUUGGGAAGGAGCACGGCUUUGCACCCCUUCGAAAUCUGCCAUCCUCAGCAGCGUUGUUUGGUCAGCACCUCACAGGAUCAGGGCCGUAGGCGGGGCCUGCAUUUGCGCUGCCAGCAGCACAGGGGCUGAGGCCAGAGCCUGCUAAUCCAGCCCAUUCUCGGGUAUCUGGCAAGCGAAAUCAACCAGCCGCUCCGCCUUUGUCAAAGUCAAGGCCCCCGGAGCCGAUGGCUGGCGGGGCUGACACAGUUCAGGCACGUCAGUUUCACAGCCAGCGGGACGCAAGGGCAUGGUGUGGCCAGCGGGCAAGCCACCUUUGGUGGCUCUCCCCUGUGUGAUCGGGCAGCCAUUGCGCAGCUGGGUGAACUCCAGAGGUGUGACUCGAACCCGUGACCUUUAGGAGCAUAGUCGAGCGCCUCCUUUGUCCCACUCCCGCAUUAAAGGCCCGGCUUUGGGAAGCAGGAAUGGAUCGAGCCAGAUCUGUUGCUAUUUUGGCCUGGUCGGACCCAGCCACCCCCCUUCCACAGCACCCAAACCCAGCACUCCUGCUAGUCCUCAGGGUGCCCCUGCAUUGGGGUGAUGAGGAGGGAGCAGAGUUAUACAUCCCACUGCGUAGCCCGCUGGGCGGAGCCCAUGCCACUUUAUCUCAUGACACCCAGGUCGACUCGCUCACCCAGACGGAGCCUUGUGCAAUAUAUGCCGAGUCGUGGGAGCCGAUGGGGGUGUGUGGCAGGGGUGUGCAAAGAUUAACCCUUAGAGGGACGGAUGAUACCCACACGCCUGCAUUCUACCCAGGGAAUCCUUAGCAAGGUGCCAGUUGACCUCACCCGCCUGGCACCCUGCCCAGUGCCCACUGAGAUCCCAGCUGCAAAUGCCUUGUUGGUUUCGGGGAAGUGACGCCACUGUCACCAUGGACAGGAUCUGCCCUGGAUGUUUGGGGGUGGGUGGCUUUCCCCUGCGAUCCCGUCAGUGAUUGUGCAUGGAGGGCUGCUGCCCGCUGGGUGGGAGAGAGAGGUCAUGGCGGGGCGGGGCGGUGACACAGGUUGCAAUGGGGGCUGAGGUGAUAUCCUCAGUACCAAGAUUGAUGACACCCUGUGGCAAUUGGGAUGGGAGGAGCCCCUUGAGCUACACACUAACAUGGGCUCUGUCUGAUUUGAUCCCCUUGUCCCUUCCCAGCUAUCCUGUUCCCUCUCUCCAUCACCUCUUUUUAUCUUCAUUUGCUCCCCCUUCCUCAUCCCCUCCCCACCCUCUAUCUGCAUCCCCCUUCCCCUGCUCCACUCUCUGUGUUUAGCAGAAUGGGGCCCCGGCACUUUCAGGGUUUGUUACAGUGUUUGGGCUGGGACAGCGAGGGCACUUCUGAGUUACCGCACAGCAGCUGCCACGGGCCCAGCAUGGGGUGGGGGGCGUGGGUGGGUAGCAAACUUGCCAUUUCAUAGUAUUGUGCCGUGUCCACUGUGCCAGAAAUGCUGCCCCUCAGGAAUCAGGUGGGGAAUAAGCACUGGAGAGUGGAGACACCUUCCUGUGUCACUUAGUGGGUGAACCUAGGCUAGACUCUAGGUUGUAACUGUAAAGCUACAGGUUUAAAUCCCCCACGUGGUGGAAAGGUAAUUUCUCAUCCUGGGGCGUAAAAAUCAAAACCCGAAGGGCUUCCUGGAGAGGUAAUCAAUGCAGCACUGGUCGAAAUACCUUUUGCAAAACUGGCUUUCCCACCAAAGGGCCUGUUUUCAUGGAAAAUUUUCGCAUGGGUCCUGGUUUUCCUGCAACAAAAGUGCAGUAAAAAAUUUUGGCUUUUCAACAACAGAACAGUUUUACCAGAAACCAAUUAUUUCAAUCCACGCUCCCUCAGCUUUUGGUUCCAUUUUUUUUGUCAAAACCCAGAAAUGGUUCAUAGAAAAUAUUUACAACUCAGUUACUUGGCUGGCCGCAACUGAUUGGCGUUUUCCCCACCUGCUCUAGGUAAAAGCAAAGCCCUGUACAGUUCAUGCCAAGGGUUCUGUGGUGCUUUUGGUAUAAGGAAUCUCUGGCCUAAAUUCUUUCCUACCCAUGCCCGUUAACUGCUGUUUGUAAACCCCUAUAGGGUCAUUAGUGGGGUCAACCAUUCGUCUUUCAAACCCCAGGCCCCAGUUCAGGAAGGGUACUUAUGCACAUGCUUAAAGUUAAGCAUGUGAUUUAGUGCUUUGCUGAAUCAGGCACUAAAAGCACAGAUCUCUACUGCUUUAACUCCGUGACCAGCUCCACCGCUGCUCCCAGGAGUAACUUGUUUUCCUCUAUAUGGACCAGUCUCUUACCCUUAGCCGGUGUGUUAAACUCCUCCCCCUAUUUUGAAGGGAAAUAUUUAAAAUAAAUGUUUUUAUAAAGAAGGUUUCACUCAUUUUUUAAAAAAAUCAAUAUCUAUGAAAUAAUAUUUAUCGUGCAUGUCACUGUCUGAGCACUUUGCAAAUAUUAGCGAAUUGGCACUUUUGGGAGGUAGCAAAGUAUCACUAUCACUUUUUCACAUAUGGGGAAACAGAGGCACAGUGAGGGGCCUGUGAGUUGCCCAAAGUCAUAGACAUUAUUGGCAGAGCCCAGAAUAAGGAGCUUCUCUGUCCCAGCCCCAGAACCUCAAAGGUGCACCUAACGCCCUUUGAGGAUUUGGGCCCCGGUCCUUUGCUUAGACCACAUUUCUCUAUUCUUAUCAGGGUUUGUUACUAUUGCUGGUUUACAGUUCCCCAAAUCUGACUUUUCACUGGACUUUUUGGUUGACUUGCAGCAACAAAAAAUCACAGCAGCAUUUGCACCCUUUGCCUCCUAUGUUUUUCUACAAGCUCUGGUGCUGGGGCCAGGUUUGCAAAGCUCAGCAUUUUUCAUUACGUUUUUGGUUGACAUAUGGUGUUUCGACAGGAAAAAACGAGACACGCCCCCCAAAACACUUUUUUGCAAUUUUUUUUUCUUUUUCAUUUUCCCUCCAGCUCUGUUUGCAAUCUGUUUGUCUGGAAAACCAACACCUAGAAUCGGGGCCUUAUGCUAGCAAACGGUUUCCUUUUAAUGUUCAAGUGCAUUUCAUGGUUUAUUCCUGGCGAGGAGUAUUUCCGACCUUUUGAAUUUUGACACAGCCGCGUGUGGCAAAAUUUGUGCACGGAUCCUGUAAUUAAAAUACGAAGAAUUUCAUAUUUGCCUGGAGGCCCCAAACUUGGCAGAAAUAGAAUCCUCGUGCUUUAGGGCCAGGAUCCUCUCACAGAGGGGCAUUGGAAAGCAGAACCUUCUCUUUUGGGCAGAUUAUCCCAUAUCUGCCUGCUGCAGGUUUCAUACACAUUUCUCUGGUGCUGGCCCCUGUCUGAGACAAGAUCCCGGACUGGACAGUCGUCUCCAAUACAGCAGGCCCUUUGUUCCAAACCCUGAAUAAGGGCCUGGGAAAUAUUCAUGAGGACGUUUGACAACUUUGCAAGGUUUCUCGUGUCUUGUUCUAAUUUGGGGGAAAUGGUCCGAUCUGGUGACCAACACAUUGCACUUUGAGAGCUGUUUUUUGUCCUUGUAAAUUUCGAGGAAGAAAGGGCCAACUUUCACCCCAAACAGGGGCCGGUUUUCUUGCAAGAGAGCCUCCAAACUUUUGAAAUUCCAAAAUGUGACAAAAUUAGGCUUUGUGAGCAUUUGAAAUGUCACAAGUUCGGAUGUAAAAAAACCAAACGAACCAACCCCCCAAAACCCUACCAACAAAUCAUCCAUACUUUGGAGACGAUUUUGCAGAAAGUAAUAUACUGGGGGAGGAAAGCCACUAACGGACCUGGAACAAAAUGGCAAAUAUUUUUCCUAAAACUCUUGGCUGGAGGGAGAGGAUAAUUUCUAUUUUUACCGGGCUCAUAUCCUGACCCUCAGCUGGCACUGCUGCUUAUUCCUUGCUGCACACAGAGAUCCUUCCAAAGUCGCUAGCAUCCCCUCCAGAAAUGUUCAGACGUCUGCUUUAACAAGUCAAAGAAUCACCAUCAAAUCUGAAAUCUGCAACCCCAACCAUUCAGGAAAUAACCCUGUAACCCUACCGCCCUCUCUCUCUGUCUCUCACACACACACAAAGUUCUAACAGUCUCGAACACCAGAGAUAAAUCCUGGAAAUUUAUCGUAACUUGUACAAUUUGAAAAAGAAAAAAAUAAGUACUGUAUGUAAAACUUUAAUGAACAACGUGGUUUCUGAUGGUUAAUAAAAGUGAUGUCAUGAUGCC